AUGCAUGGACAUAUAUUUUACACACCGAUGGUCACUGUAAAUAUCAACCAUUAACGUACUUUUGUAACACUUACUGUAGCGGCUUGUCACAUACUUACUUAACAGAAAGAAUGAGCAACAACAAAUCACAAACUGCUCUAUUUCCAAUAAAUUUGGAUAAGCUUACUGAUAAGGAACGACACAACUACAUAUUAAACCAAUAUGUGAUACCAACGGCUGCAGAGGUGCAGUCACGCAAGCACAAACGCGAUAUAGAUGUGAUUCGGGAAAAUCAUAAAUUUCUCUGGUCGGAGGAUGCCGAUGAGGACAUCCAAUCGCUUAGUUGGGAGCAGCGGUUAGCGCUUCGCUAUUACCGCAAGCUCUUCAAGGAGUAUUGCAUAGCGGAUCUAUCACGAUACAAGGAAAAUAAAAUUGCUCUACGCUGGCGAACAGAGCAGGAGGUGGUCACUGGUAUUGGACAGUUCCAAUGCGGCAGUAGACACUGUGGUGUGCGCGAAGAGUUGCGCAGUUGGGAGGUUAACUUUAAGUAUAUAGAGCAAGGAACAUCACAAAAUGCGCUCGUCAAGGUACGUCUGUGUCCAACGCAUACAGAACAGUUAAAUUAUAGAACAAAAAAAAAGGAAUACAAACGACAAAGACGAAGAGAAAAGGAAGAUCGCAAGGCAGAGAUAAAGCUCAAGCGGCGUAAACUAAACGAGAGGGCGGACGACAGCGUUGAACCAGAAGAAUCGAAGGACAAGAUUCAAGAGGAAACCAAAGACGAAGCUGAAUCAGAUACACCGCAAGUUGGUGCUGCCACAGCUAAUGAGGAUGUCUGGAGCAAACAGAUUGAUAUAAGCAAGGAAGAGCCUUCACGCGAGCUUGAAUUCGAACGCUAUUUAGAGGAUCUCUUGCUAUAGAAGGUGAAGGAGAGACUGAGAG